GAGCUAAAAUAUAAUUGAAAAGGAAAAAGUAAGCAAAUACGACUCCUUUGGGUUUCUCCAUUUCCCAUUCGGUCCAAACACUGGUAAGCUUUCUGUUGUCUGUCUGGUCUCUUCGACCUUGAAAAAUCAUCAUUCAACGCAGUAAACCCUAAUCCCAUCGAAUCGACUUGAAACAUUUUUUUCCCUCUCUAAAAAUGUGUCUCCAUAUAAGUCUCUCUUUAUAUAUAAUCGAGUUCUUCUGUCUACAAUUUGUUCACACCCACUUGAAUGAAUAAUUUCAACAUGAACGCGAGUAUUCUUCAUAAAGGGAGUUGAUACGGCAUUAUGUCCAUCAGUAACUCAAUCCGGAUGCAGCGGCAGCAACUAAUUUUACCAUUACUUUCUUCAAGUCCAUGUAAGUUUUCUCUCUCUCCUCCGACUGCACAUCAUCAUUACUUUUCAGCUCUUACCAUUCCAUCCACAAAAACUUGUUCGGAGAAGAACGAACAUGGGGAUGUAUGCCAGACCGAACCCCCUAUUAUUUCAGAUAAGAUAUUCCAAUCAGCUGCAAAAUUGGGUUCUUACAGAUUGGGCGAUUCCACUUUUUAUUCUCUGAUUGAAAAUUAUGCCAACUCUGGCGACUUUAGGUCACUGGAGAAGGUUUUGGAUCGGAUGAAACGGGAACGGAGGGUAUUCAUAGAGAAGAAUUUAAUUACAGUGUUUAAAGCCUAUGGGAAGGCACAUUUCCCGGAAAAGGCGGUGGAUUUGUUCUACAAAAUGGUGGAUGAGUUCCAAUGUAAACAAACGGUUAGAUCAUUUAACUCAGUUCUUAAUAUAAUUAUUCAAGAGGGUCUUUAUUAUCGCGCUUUGGAGUUCCACUGCCAUGUUGUAAAUACUAAGAAUAUUUUGCCAAAUGUGCUAACUUUCAAUUUGAUUAUUAAAGCCAUGUGUAAACUAGGGUUGAUUGAUAGAGCAGUAGAGGCAUUUAGAGAGAUGCCUCUUUGUAAUUGCACUCCCGAUGUUUUCACUUACUGUACAUUGAUGGAUGGGCUGUGCAAGGAGAAAAGGAUUGAUGAAGCGGUGUCUCUGUUGGAUGAGAUGCAAAUAGAGGGGUGCUUCCCUAGCCCCAUGACAUUUAAUGUGCUGAUUAAUGGCCUCUGCAAGGAGGGUGACCUGGCUCGUGCUGCAAAGCUUGUGGACAAUAUGUUCCUAAAAGGAUGUGUUCCAAAUGAAGUGACCUAUAACACCCUUAUUCAUGGUUUGUGUCUCAAAGGAAAAUUGGACAAGGCAAUUAGUCUUUUGGAUAGGAUGGUGCUAAAUAAAUGUGUUCCCAAUGAAGUCACCUAUGGUACAAUCAUCAAUGGGCUUGUGAAGCAAGGAAGAGCUGUUGAUGGUGCUCGUGUUCUAAUCUCUAUGGAGGAAAGAGGGCACCAAGCAAAUGAAUAUGUAUAUUCAUCACUUAUUAGUGGGUUUUUCAAGGAGGGAAAAUCAAAAGAGGGAAUGAGAACGUGGGAAAAAAUGCUAGAGAAGGGAUGCAAUCCCAAUAUUGUUGGUUUCAGUGCUCUUAUUGAUGGCCUGUGUCGAGAAGGAAAACCUGAUGAAGCUAAGGAAAUUCUGUCUGAGAUGGUGAAUCAAGGUUGCAUUCCCAAUGCUUUCACUUAUAGCUCCUUGAUGAGGGGUUUCUUCGAGAUGGGGAAUAGCUAUAAAGCAAUUAUCUUGUGGAAAGAGAUGGCGGAUAACAAUUGUAUUCAUAAUGAGAUAUGUUAUAGUGUACUCAUUCAUGGCCUAUGCAAGGAUGGGAAGCUUAAGGAGGCUAUGAUGGUAUGGAAGCAUAUGUUGGCCAAAGGCUGGACGCCCGAUGUUGUGGCUUAUACUUCAAUGAUUCAUGCCCUCUGCAAUGCUGGGUCCAUAGAAUUGGGUUUGAAACUUUUCAACGAGAUGCUCUAUCAAGAGUCUGAUUCUCAACCAGAUGUAAUAACUUUUAACAUACUUUUCACUGCUUUGUGCAAACUGAAUAGGAUCUCCCAUGCCAUUGAUCUUUUAAAUCAUAUGUUGGAUCGAGGUUGUGAUCCUGAUCUAGUUACAUGUAACGUUUUCUUGAAAGCUUUGAAAGAGAAGCUAAACCCACCACAAGAUGGGAGGGAUUUUCUGGAUGAGCUUGCAAUACAACUAUACAAGCGACAGAGAACAAUAGGAGCUUCCAAAAUUGUAGAAAUGAUGCUUCAGAAGUUUCUUCCUCCAAAAACCUCCACUUGGGAAAGAGUUGUUCGAGAACUUUGCAAGCCAAGGAAGAUUCAAACAGCUAUUUAUAAGUGUUGGAACAACUUAUUCUGCUGAUUCAUUAGUCCUAUCUAGUAGGUGGAAGACUAUCUCGACUGCCUUUUGAUGCGAAGAAAGGUUUGACUUUUCAAAAAGAGAUGAUGACGAUCACUAAUACUAUCUUCAAGCAGAGGAUCUGGUGUCGAAACGAACGAUUGGCAGUGGGCGUGAAGUGGACGGUUUAUACCUGUUGGAUGCUCCUUUGUCACCUCAGGCACAUUUAGCUUCAUUUUCUAAUAUUGUUUCAUCUAAUAAAGCCCAUCUUAUGCCUUGGCACAUACGUUUAGGACAUAUUUCUUUCGGUUAUUUAAAACAUUUAUUUCCUUCCUUAUUUUGUAACGUGGCAGUGUCAGAUUUAUCUUGUGAGACAUGUCAUAUGGUUAAACAUGUUCGUUCCAAUUAUCCUGCUAGUAGUAAUAAAUCUGCUUUAACACCUUUUGAUCUUGUUUAUUCAGAUGUGUGGGGUCCUUGCCCAAUUACUUCUAGUCUUGGAUUUCGAUAUUUCGUGUUGUUCAUUGAUGAUCAUAGUCGUGUUAUAUGGGUUUAUCUUAUGAAAACCAAAAAUGAGGUAUACACCAUUUUUAAAAAUUUUAUGACAAUGGCUCAAACUUAAUAUGGUCGUACCAUUAAAAAAUUCAGAUCUGAUCAGGGUACGGAGUACACUUAUGGGGAGGUACAACGGUUAUGUAUAGAAUUUGGGAUUGAGCAUCAGAUGGCUAAUGUUAAAACUCCUCAACAAAAUGGUCGUUUUGAGAGAAUCGCCACAUCCUUGAGUUAGACAGAGCAAUUUGCAUUGGCAUGAAUGAUCCCCAGUCAUUUUGGGGAGAUGCAGUUCUUACGGCUGUUUACAUCAUUAGUUGGACUCCUUCUAGGAAUCUUAACUUUACAGCCCCACUCUCAAUCUUACAUCCCAAUUCAUCUCUUUUUUUGAUUCCUCCGCGAGUCUUCGGGUGUGUGUGCUUUGUUCAGCAAUUGGGGCAGACUCCUACAAAGCUUGACCCCAAGGCUUUGAAGUGUGUUUUUUUGGGCUAUUCUCACUCUCGAAAAGGUUAUAGAUGUUACCAUCCUUCCAGUCGUCUGCGGUUUAUAUCCAUGGAUGUUUCUUUCUUUGAGCAUACACCAUACUAUAGUGGUUCAGUUGGUUCUCAAAGUGAAUGGUUCCUAUUGAAUAUAAUGGAUGAUCUCCUUCUUCCAUCUUCAACUCCUCUACCGUUAUCUGUUUCGUCUUCUAUGAUUCCUCCUUGUGAUACCCCUCCAGCAGGGGAAUUGUUCCUUUUUCACAGGUUUAUAGUCGGAGCAGGUACAAACUUCUACUCCCACGAUCGACUGCCCUGUUCUUUCGUCACCAGCUCUGCCUUCUCAAGCUAUUUUUUCGCUUGAUGAUCGCCCUAUUGCUCUUCGCAAGGGUAGACGUUCUUGUACAUACCCUAUUUCUAAUUUUGUUUCUGAUUAUGCUCUCUCACCCUCCUAGUGGAGUUUUCUUGUUUAUGUUGCCUCGGUUCCUCUAACUUCUAGUGUUGCAGAUGCACUAGCACAACCUCAAUGGCGUGAUGCUAUGACAAAAGAACUACAAGCACUUGAGAAAAAUCAAACUUGGGACAUGGUUCUGCUUCCUAUUGAACGAAAGGCUGUGGGUUGUCGUUGGGUGUUUACAGUUAGGCGUAAUCCAGAUGGUCAGUUGCUCGUUACAAGGCCCGGUUGGUUGCCAAGGGUUAUGCUCAGACUCAUUAAUAUCAGGAGACUUUUGCCCAUGUUGCCAAGAUGAAUACCAUCCGUGUAUUACUUUCUGUUGCUGCGAUUCGAUCUUGGCCUCUAUUUCAGUUAGAUGUCAAGAAUGCAUUUCUUAAUGGUGAUUUGCAGGAGGUGUACAUGGUUCCUCCUUCGGGCUUUCGUUCUCGUGCUCAUUCUAGUAUGGUAUGUCGUCUUCGUCGUUCUCUAUAUGGCCUCAAGCAGCCUCCUCGAGCUUGGUCUAAUCGCUUUGGCACUGCCAUGCUCAAGUUUGGUUUCCAUCAAAGUGCAGUUGAUCAUACCUUAUUUUUACAUCAUUCAGGCUGUAAGACAAUUGCUCUCAUUGUGUAUGUCGAUGAUAUUGUUCUUACCGGCGAUGAUACUACCAGAAUUGCUGAGGUUAAGUGCUAUCUUGGCCGUCAGUUUUAGAUUAAGGAUCUUGGUCCCCUACGGUAUUUCUUGGGCAUUGAGGUGGCUCGCUCCAAGGCUGGCAUUUUCAUCUCUCAACGCAAGUAUGUUCUUGACUUGCUUUCUGCUUCUGGUCAACUUGGCGAUCGUCCUGUUGAUACUCUGAUUGAGAAAAUCAUCGGUUGGCUGAUUCUGAGGGGGAGUUGUUGUCAGAUGUUUGUCAGUAUUAACGACUUGUGGGGAAGCUCAUCUAUUUAUCCAUGACUCGACCUGACAUUGCUUAUGCCGUGAGUGUCGUGAGUCAAUUCAUGCACUCUCCUCGUGCCCUUCACCUUGAUGCAGCUAUUUGAAUCCUUCGCUACUUAAAAGGGUGUCCAGGCCGUGGUGUUUUGUUUGCCAAUCAUGGUCACUUACGUGUUGAGGCUUGGACAAAUGCUGAUUAUGCAGGAUCAAUUUCAGAUAGGAGGUCAACUUCAGGUUAUUGUACCACUAUUGGUGGUAACUUGGUUACUUGGUGUAGUAAGAAGCAGGAUGUUUUCUCUCGAUCUAGUGCAGAGGCAGAGUAUAGGGCUAUGGCUCUUGGGGAAUGUGAGUUGCUAUGGCUGAAAACCUUGAUGACAGACUUGUGCCUUCCAGUGUCGCUUCCAUUCUCACUCUACUGCGACAACAAGUCUGUCAUUAGCAUAGCAGCAAAUCCCGUUUAGCAUGACAAGACUAAGCAUAUAGAGGUGGAUCGUCACUUCAUUCGAGAGAAGAUCAUCUCUGGUCAAAUUUGCACUCCAUUUGUCACAAGCUCUCAGCAGCUUGCAGACAUUCUUACAAAGGGCGUUAGCAAGAUUGUGUUUGAGAAUACAUUGUCCACGUUAGGCGUUUCAGAUAUCCACGCACCAACUUGAGGGGGAGUGUUAGCAUAUAUGAUACCACGAUUUAUGAAAUGACUUACCAUAAUAGCAGAGAUUUGACUAUGCAUAUGUUAGCAUAUAUGAUAGCCAUGAUUUAUGGAAUUACUUACCAUAAUAGUAGAGAGUUGACUAUACUAUAGAAUAUGCCAUAGAAUAUGCUUUAGAAUAGGUUGUGAUUUGAUUUAGAUUUGAUUUAGUUUCCUUUCUUGUAAUAUGAGCAUGUGUUCUUUUUUGUCUAUAAAUACUAGAGCUGUGAAUGAGUAAUUUAUCUCAUUCAAGCCUUUACGCAAUUCUCUCCUUUAUCUUCUUUUUAUAUUUCUACUGAAACACUGUUGAAGGCCUGAAUUAGUUAGAAUUGAAACACUGUU